GUAAACGCGCUGAUUUAGCGUCUACGGGAGAUUGUCAUCCGUCGUUGCCGCGACAACAUUAUUUAUUUACAAAGUUCGCGCGGUCUCAAUGAGAUCGCGCUUUAUCACUCGCGAUAAUUCACUUCGAUUAUCGAAGUCGCGUCAAAUACUCGCGGUUGGUCUGGCUCUGUUCAAGCGAACUACGCGGCGAAACGAACUUCUGUAUGCGUAAUGUUAUCACAUGGAGAUAGACAGCACAGCAAAUGUCAACGAUCGAUAGUGUCACGAAAAUGACUUGGUGAAUCAUAUGUCGACAACUUAGCGCGAAUCAUGGUGUCCGGGGACAAUGAAAGGCUGCUGCCUGAGCCUGACAAUUAUGCCAAGUGUUUUUACGAUCUCUUCAAGAACGUCGCCGAGGCGCAAAGAAAUAAGGGAGAUUGGAGAAAAUGUAAAAAGAACAAAACUAAUCGUAAACGAGAAAAAAAAAAGAUUGAUUUAAGCGGAGAAAUAAGUUAUAAUAAUCCGCCAGAAAUAGAAACAUCUUGUAAUGCCUCAGCGUUUGCGGUUUUUGCUAGUGUAAGAAAUGCCAUUUUAGAGAAACAUGCAAAAGUGUCAACUGAAGUUUAUAGAGCGUCAAAUUGUAAUUCCCCUCCACCAGAUCUGUGGAACAGUGACACUACAGAUUCAGAAACUGAUGACGAAGAUAGAAUAUCAUCAAUACAAAAUUUACCAAAGAUUGUAGGUAUUGGUUUAAGAAGUGUGUUUGCCUUGAUGCGAGAAAGCAGAACAAUUGACUCAGCCUUAUGUACAAAGGCAUUGUCGGCUUUAUUGGAUGUUUUACAAGGACAACUACCAGAAGGCCUCAAAUCUGAACCAGAUGAUGUCAUUGAUCCAUUAUUUGAUUUGUUACUUGACUUUGCAACUUCUCAUGGUCCUGAGUCAGCUGCUGCCAAUGACGGAAGUCACUUGACAGCUGUUGCUUGCGCCUGUUUAUUGAGCCUUGUUGUAGUCAGAGGUGAUACUGGAAGGUUGUUGGCUGCUAUAGCAGCUUUGCUUAUGUCACCAAGAGCAUUAGCAGUACAAAAUAUUCAGAUGCCAUGUGUGUUAACGUCUCUACAGAGAAGUGUUCACGCGGUUUUAUUAGGUAAACUCGUGAGACCAGAUUGGAUUACAUACGGAGUUCCUAAGUGUUCCAAGAUAUAUACCUCUAUACUUAAGUUACCAAAUGAAAUGAAUAAUAUGGUAGUGAAUGAACGUAGUUUCGUAAGCGAUGGAAAAUAUUUAUAUCUACAUACAUCUCGUGGUUUAUUAAAAAUCGGAAGUGGCCAUGGUGGCACAAUAUGGGGACAUAUAUACGUACAUAAAACAGAUUUUUACCCAACAGAAGUUGGAUGGCUCGGUUAUGCUAAUAACUCGUUAUAUUUUAAAUGCGCACCUAGAAAACAAAGUGAACUAUUAAUUAUUGACGCGGAUACGCUUAUAGUAACAGGAAUUGCUGUACUGGAAGGAAAAGAUUGGUCGUCUUCUGUUAUGUUUUCUGACGGUGAAAAUUUAGGAAUGAUAACAGCAGGCAAAGACGAUGGCUUUGUAGUGCGUACAAUAAAUACACUAAGUAAUCUUGUCACAGUCUCUUCUGAACUGCCUCUGAAAUUAGCAAGGAAAUGUGUAGAUAUAUUCGGAUAUGCGUCAUUUGAUGAAGAACAAGCAAUACAUACUUUAAAUCCUGGAUGUGAUGAUGAAAUCGCAAUGGUCACGGCAGGAAAGGAAUUUGGUUUACUUAAAACUGUAUCUGGAAAGUUAUUAUAUAGUGGAAAAGGAAUUUGUCUAGGUAUGAAGAGUAAUACGAGGCCUAAUAGGUGGUUAGAACUUACUUUCGGUAAAGGUCCAAGAGUUGCUCAUUUCGCAGCAGGUCACGACGGUCAACAUGUUGUUAUGGUCAUGGAAGAUGGUUCUGUGCUAUUUGCUGGUACUGCUAGACGUGGAGAAGAUGGAGACAGUAAUAAAGCUCGUAGGCAACCAAAGCCGGUGAAACCAAAGAAAAUGACAAAAGUCGAAGGUCAGUUUGUUAUAGACGCCGCUUGCAACAACGGAUCUACCGCUUUAGUGACAAAAGAUGGCUCUCUAUUAAUGUUCGGCAAAGAUACAUUGCACAGUGAUCCGGUAACAGGAUUAGUUACUGAUUUAAGGGAUGUGUCUGUAAUUCGUGUAUCGUUAGGAAAGGCACAUGCCGCGGUGUUAACUAAUAAAGGACAUUUGUAUACCUUUGGUAUAAAUAAUAAGGGACAGUGCGGUCGUGAUUCCGCAACAGUGCAUACGAUGAAUAAGGAAAUGUCGGUGGUUGCGAUGGAAAUGGGUACGGGUGAGGACGAAUUGAUAGUAGCGGAAGAAGAGAGUGCGGAUCCCGCGGAAGAUUGGGAAGAGACGAGAGGAAUGUGUCCACCAGGUCAGCAUCAAUGGAGACAUCGCGUUUGCAUGGUUUGCACGAUAUGCCGGGAGUGUACCGGUUAUAGUAUUUCAUGUCUGAGCAGUAUACGUCCGGAUCGGAAUCCCGGCCAAGAGUGCGGGUGCGGUGAGGGAGACAGCGGUUGCGCGGAAUGCGGAUGUUGCCGCACAUGUGCUAGAAAGAGCUGCAGCAACGGUAUGUCGGGUUCUAACUUUCGGGAAUAUCUGCAGAGACGAUUGGGCGAGAUAAAGCAACGACAAAGGAGCAAAGCGGGACCAAGUACCGUCAAGUACGGAGUGAAAAUCAAAGGAUCAAACAGUCAACGCGUAGCCGGUCCUGUUAUUGUAACAAAGGGAUUUCCAGAGAAGGUGAUGCUCGGAUUAGGAAGUACCUCUCUCGCGGCCGAAGAAGCGGUCGGUGGUAGCGACGUGGAGAGAGGAGAUGCAGCGAGAAUUGCUAGUAUAUCACCGGCUAGAGUUCCUAUACCUAGCGAAAGUCCUGUGGUUCAAGUGUCUUGCGGUUUACAUCACACGGUAUUACUUUUGCAAAAUGGAGAAGUAUACACAUUCGGCAGUAAUAUUUACGGUCAGUUAGGCGUAGGGGAUUUGGUGGCACACGCCGGACCGGUUCAUGUUAAAUUACCGACUAUUGCCAUUCAAGUGGCCGCUGGUAGUAAUCACACUGUGGUGCUUACAUCAAAAGGCGAAGUUUACACGUUUGGUGCAUACCAGAAAGGACAACUCGGCAUGAAUUGGUGGAACGGUCAAAACGAAUCCGCAAACAGUACCUCUCAGACCAAUCGCCGCACUGAUCGAUCUCAACCGUGGCACAGUUUUCCGAACGUAGUUCCGAAUAUCGGACCUCGAUGGGGCAGACGUGCAACGUGGAUUGGCGCAUCCGGAGAUCAAACUUACGUUAAGAUAGACGAGAUAAAUUCAAUCAGUUUGACGAGAAGCACGGUUAUGGCAAAUAAGAACUGUAUUAUUUUGAUACCUCAUCAGAAUGAGCACGCCAAUUCUUUUAAAAGCUUGGUGAUAAGCAAACGCGACGGAACGUGCAACAGUUACAACGGCGCGGAUCAGGUCGACUUUACCAAUUGCGCCGCGUGUCUAGAUCCUUUGUACAACGUUAUCUGGACGUUUAAUUCGGCGAAUAACGAGAUAAGCUUGUACAACAUAAUAUCGACCGAAGCUAGAACAAUACCCGGAUUGGAAGCUUCUAUCCUCAAUCCCGGUCUUGCGCUCCCGGUUGUUUCAACUUGUUUCGUGACGCGUUCUCAAGCCGCGAUGCAUUUGCUAGCCUGUUUGGACACAUUGACGCAGGCUCAAGACGAAAACUUAUCGAUAGUUGAAGAAAACGAAUCCAAUCAAUCAGUACACGGCAAAGUCUACAGCCGCGAAGACUUUGCCACUGUUAGCCGAUUCGAAAGUCACGGCGGAGGAUGGGGUUAUUCCGCUCAUUCGAUCGAAGCGAUCAGAUUUAUGCCCGACACGGACAUUUUAUUAGGAGGAUAUGGAUUAUUCGGUGGUCGGGGUGAGUACACCGCGAAGAUAAAGCUCUUUGAUAUCGGAAUCGACGGUGGAGAUCAAGAGACCGACGGAGAACUUCUCGCAGAGACAGAAGAAAUACCAUACGAAUGCGGUCCAAGACAGAAAUAUUCUAUCAUGUUUGACGAACCAAUUUCCUUGCAAGCAAAUAGAUGGUACGUGGCGUGGGCUAAAGUCGGCGGACCUUCCAGCGAUUGCGGUUCUGGUGGACAAGGAAUGGUCACGGCCGAAGAUCAAGUUAUGUUUUACUUCAAAACUUCUAAAAGAUCAAACAACGGCACCGAUGUCAAUGCAGGUCAAAUUCCCAUGCUACUAUAUCGCGUAAUCACACCCGAGAAUCAAACAUCAAACAGACAGAGAGAUCAAGUCGAACCAAUUUAUGUUCUGAAGAGGGAAUUCAGUAGGACCGUCACAAGAGAGUGUUUUCAGUCUCUAAUAUCUCUUCUUCAAUGGAGUUGGAACACAUUAAAAGCGGCAUUGGCCGAUACGGCUGUCCAUAUUGCGUCUUCGACUCACGCAAUGCUUGAAAUGGAACGACUGGUGUACAUAAGUAAAGCUAGUUUAAGAUUGCUAAGAACGUACACCAAUGAAAUCUAUCCGAACCACGUCGUCAAGAAGACUCCUCCCGAAUCGGUGCGUCUCGCGGAAUGUAUCGGCGAAGUGCGGGCGUUAUUGCGUCAAAUCUUGUCCGAUUCUCUGCCAAUCAGUUUAAAAAGUAAAGGAAAAACACGGUCUAACAAAAGUUCCGGCACCACUUUGGGGAAUAAAAUGACGAGCAGCAUACUUGACGAAUGUCACAAAACAUUUGUAGCUUGUUAUCAUGCGUUUUAUCCUACUGCGUAUUUGAAAUGGACAUCCUUGUGCGACUUGUUAUCGGAAAUUGACAAAGAUCAGGGAACAACUACAAGAGAUCGUCUUCUUUCUGCUGUGCUGGCUUCUUUGUGCAAUUCCGCGAUACGGCUUAGAUGCACGUUUCCGAUCUUGAGCAAUAUUAUGGACAACAGCGAUAAUGUGAAACGACAACUCAGUCCAUCUGACAACGCCGGUUUACUCAUGAUGAACUCCACGGAAACUCAUCAGUAUCCGAUUUUAGUCGAACAAAUCAGCUACAAAUCUCAAGUGGAGAGCUCUGGCAAAGAAACCUUAAAUUGGUCGUUUCGCGAAGUGCUCGACAGAUUGUUAGACUUAAUACUAAUACCGAUCAAAAGAAGUCUCUGCAGAGAAAAGACUCACUCUCUGCCGGAAUUGGUUCUACAUUGCUGUUAUUUGCUGGCACGAGUUAUCGCCGAAUUGGCCGCUCAAUCGAGCGGAAACGAGGACGACUUGCAAGCGGCUUGCGGUAGACUUAUGUAUACAACGCCCUCGAGGUUUACAAGAACGAAUCAAUCGAGGUCGUGGAAUACAGGCAAUGGCUCUCCAGAUGCUAUUUGCUUUUCCGUCGACAGACCGGGCAUUCUUAUAGCCGGUGUUGGUAUUUACGGAGGCGCAGGGAUAUAUGAGUACGAAUUGGAAUUGUUAGAUGAUCAAAAUAAUACUGGUAACGAUCCGUCUCAUACUCAACGGUGGAGUAGCUUAGACUUUACAAAAGGAUCCUUUGGACCGGAAGACUGUAUUAAUGACAUAGUAGAAUUGAAAUUUGACAAACCAGUACUUAUAAAAGAAAAUGUUAAAUAUGCCAUUAGACUGCGCAACCGUGGAGGACGAACGAGUAACGGUGACGGUGGUUUGAGCGCUGUUAAAGGAGCCGAUGGCACAACGUUUACUUUCACUGCUUGUUCCUUAAGUUUUAACGGUACAACGCAAACUAGAGGUCAAAUACCGCAUAUUUUGUAUUAUUCAAAUCCGCAAGAUUCCGAUGGGCAACAAACGAAUAAUGCUAUGGCGGAGGUGCAAGCAAGAAAAUGUACUCUCGCCAUGACCGCGACGAUUAUUCAACGUUCGAACGAAAUUUUUUCUUUGGCUAGAGAGAGAGCAGAAGAAGUAAUAGCGAAUGAAGUCCUUGGUAACGCGACCUUUGUAACGACUCUCUUGCCCCUUGUAAUGGCACACAUCAGUCCUCUAGCUACGUCAGAUCCGAGAAGCAGCGUGCAAAUUCUUACCUUGAUACAGGAGAUGCUUCCGCACGUUGCAGCUUUGAAUUUAUUGUCCUCGAUGGGGACUUCUCAAAUAUCCCAGGAUAGUGAAACUCAAUCACACUUUGCUCCUCCAAUUACUACUAGUCAUCAUUAUACUUGGCUAGAGAGUGAACAUCCUUACAAACCGGCGACAGUGUCAUAUUAUAAAGUUACUUUUCCAGAAACAGUAAAGUGGCUAACUGUUGAAUUUACUCCGGAUUGCGGAACUUCACAGCCAGAAGAUUAUCUACAACUUUAUAUUCCGAACCUAAUUCCCAACUCUUCCGCUGGGACAAUUUUGAAUAUUACAAAUGAAGAUACUCCUCUAUAUUGGCCAGUAUUGCAUAAGUUGAGCAAUAUACAAAGCCAAUGGCCUCAAAAUGCCGUUGUCUUACCAGGAAACGAAGUAAUAUUUUCUUUGGAGACUGCCUCUGAUUAUAUGAAGAAUGAGAGUUCCAUCACAUAUGGCUUUAAAUGCUUAGUUAUCGGUUAUGAUUGGAUAACAUCCGGCCACGGUUUAAAGAAUCUAGAAAUAGAGUUGUCCUUUCUCGGAGGUGCGUGUGCGGCAAGUCUCAUGAAAAAAAAUUUAUCGUUGCCACCGGUAUCUUCUGAAGAGGUUGAAGAGGAUUUGGAUUCAAUGCAGGAAACGGCAAAAAGAAUUUUCUCCGUACAUUCGACAUUACUUGGACGAGGAUUUGCACUCGCAUCGCCUCCUACAGUCUUGCAGGCUCUCGACGGCGUACUUCCAUACAGUUGUCACUCAAACGAACGUCUAUUCCUGCGCGAUUUUGUCUCUUGCUCUGCUGGCACCAGCGGCGGCAGACUCGCGCGAUGGCUACAACCCGACAGCUUCGUCGAUCCCACUCAAUGCGAGGCGCUUUAUUCCCGAGAAGAAAUGAGAUGCGGAUGGCCAGCCAUCGUCACCGUCCUCACGAGAGAUCAAUACGGCGAAGUCGUACACGUGGCCGGAUUGAAAAUCGAAGUCAAAGCGGUGCCGAUUGACAAAACAGAUAUCACAGAGUCCGAUCAAAGCAGAAAGAUUCGUCGUGUCUCUCAACCGGAUCCAAUGACGUUCGGCGGUCAUCCACAACCGUCCUUGGACGUUCCGUACGAAGUGACCAUCAACAACAAGAUGUGCUUUUACGCCAUCACCAUCAUGAAGGCCUAUCAGAAUUAUUCGUUCGAGGAACUGAGAUUCGUGUCGCCUACAGUAAAGAGAUCGAGCGAGAGUAUGCUGGUCAGACCUAACGGCGAUGGUAGUUACAGCGCUACAUGGACACCAUCUUCGGUUGGCUGGUAUUCACUGAUGAUCACAGUGGACGGCUAUAAUAUGGAGGAUAAUUACAAAGUCGAGGUAAAGGAGGGUAUGCAACCGCCUACUCAAAACAUUGUCAAGAAGCCGCAGCUUCAGCCGAGCAGACUCAGAAAAUUCGUGGCAAAGAAUAGCGCUGGCUUGAGAAUACGCGCUCAUCCGUCGCUGCAAAGCGAACAAAUCGGAUUUGUCUCGGUUAACGGCACUAUAGCUUUCAUUGAUGAGAUUCAUAAUGAUGACGGUGUCUGGCUGCGACUAAAUGCGGAGACAAUCAAGGAAUACUGUAACAGUAGUCAUUUAGAAGCAUGGUGUUUGCAGUACAAUCAACAUCUAGGAAAAACUUUGCUUCUGCCGGUGGAAGAACCAAAAUCGAUUUUAGAUCAAGUUAUCAAGGAGACUAUUCUGCGAAAACGACCCGAUGCUAGCGACGACGCGGUCACUUGCAGCAAGAGAAAGACGGUAACCUUCGACGGCGGAAGAAGCAUGAUAGUCGUGAAAUGCGGCGCUUCCGGACACAAUAUUAGAAGUAAACCGAGCUUGAAAGGCGCGCCAAUUGGAAUGCUAGCACUUGGAAAUAUCGUCACUGUUCAGGAAUAUUGUGUAAAUCAGGAAGGAACUUGGGUGCGCAUCGAUGACGACUCCGUGACGAAAUAUUGCUUCGAUAAGUGUAAAGGAAUAGAAGCAUGGUCGCUCGCGAUCAACAAGCAAACUGGCGUGAUUUACAUGAAACUAGAGCAAGACUUAGAGAACGAUCCGAUCGAGAAAAAGGCAUUGAUUCCAGACCCGAACGUCUCGCCAAGCAAUAAAGGUUUUGACUUUUCUGUUCCUUCCGUAAGCCACGAAGGCUUCAACUUUACCACACAAAACUAUACGCCGGAUACGGCCGAGUCUGUUGAGUGUUGCAACACAAAUCCUUUCAUUUUCGGCUCGUAUAAUCAGCACGACUCGCCAGGAAGCGAACGCUUUACACCAGAAAAGGCCGACGGAACUCCAAAGUUUUCGAAACCCCACUCGAAGGAGAGAGUAGCUAAAGAGCGCGAGAGAGAAGGCGGCGGAGGGAAGUUUAGCGUGCUGCAAAAGUGGCUGAGAGGAGAUGAUAAAUGUCACGGAGAGAAAAAAAGUUCUCCGGGCAGAGACUUCUCUGAAUUUGUGGGCGUAUCGGUAAAAGAAUUGGUAAAAGCAAUGGGGGAAAGUCGCGCAAAUGGCAACGGGGCGACACCGCCGGAAACCCCACGGCGAAUGUCAAGAAGCUCAUCGCCGAAGAAUCCCCAAGGUGGGUCACCAAGAUUUCACAGCCCGUCUUCUAGCCCAGUUCCAAUACCUGCUGGGUCCAGUCGACAGCCAGCCGUUUCUGGCAAUUGUCUCUUCCCUCCUGCUGCUAACGCACCAGGUGGGAGAAGCGCGAUAGGAGGGGGAGAGAGUAUGAGUAGCAGCCCGGUACUCUGCGGCUCCCCCCGAAGUGUCGGCCUCUCCCCUUUAGUGUCAGGAGGAAUGGUUGACAGUAUAACGUCGCAACGUCGCGGCUCGACACAGAGCGACACGAGUGCCUUGGUUAGCAGUUUGACGAGAGAUCCAUCUCAGUCUCCGAGCGGUAUUAGUACUACUGCCAAUACGCGUGAUCUAUCACCAAGUCCAAGUUGUAGUUCUUUGCACAUGAGAUCCGAGGGCAGUAUAGCUAGUCCGCCCGAUACGCCCAAGAAGGAAAGUGCUGAUUCCCAAGAAAGUCCGCGCAAAAUGUCACAAGCGCAAACACAAACGAGUCCCGAAAGCGCCACUACGGCUAUGAAAGGUCACUUCAGCAUUGGCUCAUCUGGAGUGAAAGAUGAGCGAUAUUCACCGAAGAUGAGCAGAAGAGAUCAUAUAAAAGCUGUAAAGACGAGAGCGAAGCGCGCUAUGUCACCUGCCAACGCACAACAGAGUCCUAAUCCUAGUCGUACUCUAAAUUUAAGUAAAGACAAAGUGAAAGAAGCGAUCAGUCCUUCUGUGGCAGAAUGUUUGAGAGCUGUUUUCGCAGCUUUUCUGUGGCAUGAAGGAAUUGUGCACGAUGCCAUGGCUUGCGCGAGUUUUCUCAAGUUUCAUCCGAGUCUACCGAAACAAGGCGCGCUGGUUGUAACUAGACAAACUGUCGUACAAUCCAGCGAUAAACAGCAACAAGAGCAAAAAGCACGACAAAGGCAUUCCGUCGAGGUGACAAACGCUGGUAAUUACUUGCAUAUUCAGCCCAGUACAUUGGAGACUCUCACGCGUUCAGCUGCUAAUGCUAAUGCCAAUAGAAAUAGGAAGAAACAAGAAAAUGUGAUUAAGGAAGAAAUUCAGACAAAUUCGGGUAAGCUCAGUUCUCUACCUGAAUUUCACACGGUUGCGGUGCUACCGCCUGCGUUGAAGAGUCUGGUUUUUUUAUGGGAGGAACUCAGCACUAAUUGUUUGCAAGCCAUUGAGCAACAGUCAAUUUUACCUAGUCCUAUAUCAGAGAUACAAACAAUGAAACUGGCUAAACGACCGAUACCGGAAAAACGUCCCAGAGAGGAUAAGUUGAAAGAACGCGAGAAGAAAGGUAGCCGAAAGAAGAAGGAAUGGAAACCUAUUGGAAGAGCAAAUACGUCUGAAAUUUUAAUUGAACGUGAAACUGUCUGUGAACUUUGCGGUUUGAUGUUUCCGCAUCCGGUCACUUAUCACAUGAAAAUGAUGCAUCCAGGUUGCGGUUGGCACGCUGGUGGAAAAGGAUACAACAGCGGUGGAAACUAUUGUGUGGGAUGGGCAGGCAACUGCGGAGACGGCGGUGUCGGUGGUAGUUCGUGGUACUUAAUUUGUGACACAUGCAGAGAUAAAUAUCUGAAGGCUAGAAAGAACAAAUUUACGAAGAAAUUCGUCACUGGGAUAUCUAAAAGAAAAAACGGCACCGGCAAAAUAUUAUCUCCGAUUAACAGUCCUAGUGGGAACGAAACGCAUAUCAUUAUGAAGAAUAAUGCAAUGUUUCUGCUAGAUCUGGCGAGCGCGUCUGGCUUUAAUAUUCCCAAACAGCAGAGACGACCGUCACAGACUUUGUCGUCUGUAGCUGAAAAUUAUAGUCCCCCAGAGGCCAGCGGACCAUUUCCGCCAACUGGGCCGUUUCAGUGUUUACAAGCUUUAGGUGUUCAUCACUCACAGAGUCACGAUGAAAGAUAUUAUGAAGAAACUCUGAGACGUGAGAAUGGAGAACAAAGUAAUUAUGAAGGAAACAACAGCACAUUUAUCAAUGCAAAUGGCAGACCGUUGUCAGAGUAUCCAAUAAGUGACAGUGAUAACGAAAGUAGCAAGAAUCGUAGUAUGUUUCAUAGAUCAGUGUCUAUGUCUACUGGUGCACCUUGGGCAAGAAACAGUAAUGACGGCAGAGUUGUUAUGAUGAGAAGACGGAAUAAUAGCAGUAGCGAAAUGACUAACGAAGCAGGUUCGUCGCUUUUGUGUUAUCCAUCUGCUGCACUGCAGAAAUUAGUACCAUCAAUGGAUCAAUCCGCGAUAGUAUCUACGAGUCAAGCCGAAGUAACAAAUAACGAUCGAAUCGAGAUACUUAUGAGACCCGUGAUGUUGUUUGUUCUUCAACAACACAACUUGCAACAUCUACAACUCGCGAUGAAACAGGCAUUACGCCGUGCCGCUUGUCGAGUUUAUGCGAUGCAAGCGUUAAAUUGGCUUUUAAGAAGCGUAACUCAGCCAAUUUGUUUGCACGACUUGCUUUGGUGGUUUGUCUCGUCUCUUACACCGGUUACUUCUUCUGAUAGUACGGAAGCAAACGAAGACAAUAGAACAGAAAAGAAAGAAGAUCAUGAUAUGAUUGGUAUCAGCGAACAUCCUUUAAGUGAUUUAGUAAUAGCCGGAGAAUCCGUUAAUCCAUUACCUACUGUAUUUCACACUUUAUUGCAAACAAUUGCUGAUUUGAUGUUAUUGCCGCCACUUGGAUCUCCGUUACAACAAGCUGCGAUUCGAUGCUGGGGUAUUCGAUUUACUCCAGCAGACCAUAUGUUUCUCCAUAGAAGUCAUGUAUUUAGUAAUAUAAGUAAAAUUCUCUCACGAUCCGAAGAGGAAGAAGAUAUAACAAUGAGUAUGCAUGAAAGCCAUCAGUCUACAGUUUCGCAACAAAUAAAUAGCUUGGUGGAAGCUCUGAAAGAUUUAACAUCCAACGUUGAGAUUAAAGCCUCUAGCAGACAAGCUAUGAUUGGUAGUCUAACGGACAAUUCAACAGAAACGUUUUGGGAAUCUGGAGAUGAAGAUCGCAACAAAACUAAAAUGAUUACUAUAGUUUGUGGUGCUCAUUCUUUGCCAAGAAUCGUUUACGUACAUAUCGAUAAUUGUCGCGAUUUAACACACAAAGUAUCCAGUGUGACUUUUCUAUCCGGUAUUAACGCUGACGAAAUGAUAAAACUUAGAUCUGUAGAGAUCGAAAGUAGAUCUGCUGGAUGGAUUAAUUGCCCAAUCACUGAUCAACGUCAUGUAGUUGUGGGCAUGGAAUUAAAAGGUCCGGACAAUUCUUUAAGAGUUCGUCAAAUCAGGAUACUAGGCGAGAUUGAAGGAGAAUCUCUAAAAGUUGGAAAGCAAUUAAGUGCACAGACAAUUCAGCAGAGAAAUUGCGAAGCAGAAACUUUGAAAGUGUUUCGUCUAAUUACAUCUCAGGUAUUUGGAAAACUUAUACAAAGAGAAAAGCAAAUGGAAUUAACGGAAGGUGCUAAUGAGGAAUUAGAAGAUAGCAAUGAUCUCCGAGAACAUAUGGUCGGGAUAUUAUUCAGCAGAAGCAACUUAACACACUUGCAGAAACAAGUUUGCACUCAUAUCGUGCAAGCGAUCAGAAAGGAAACUAUACGUUUGAGGGAAGAAUGGGAACUGCUUUUAUGUUCACCGACACCUGCCAAUAGUGUAUUAAGCGACAACAGCGAUCUCCCAAAAGCAGCCGAUACUUAUUGCUUCGAAAUGCUUUCUAUGGUUCUUGCUCUAAGCGGUAGCUCUGUGGGGCAAUAUUAUUUAUCACAUCAGACUGGAUUGUUAAAAGAUUUGCUAAGUUUGUUGCAUACUGGCUCGGCUAGAGUUCAACGUCAAGUGACAUCUCUUCUAAGACGGAUAUUACCCGAAAUUAAGCCCGAGACAUUAGCAAGCGUUAUAAAUGUCGAACGUUUGCCGCCUACCGAUUUCAGCAUAGUAUCUGUGGCAAAUAGCGCUAUCGCUCACGUUUCGAACUUCAAUGAACAUGCAGCCGGAAUUCUCGAUGUAUUUCUAAGUUGUAUCGCGAAAGCAUUGACGGUGCAAGUUAAAGUGAAAGGAAAAGAAAAUAAUGGCAAAGCGCUUCAGACUGUUUCUUUAGCUACUAGCAUACAUCCAAAAAAUUAUGUUGGCACGAGAUGGUGGUUGAGAGGUUGCAUGACGCGUAAACUAGCAGAGGUGAUCAUUCUUUUGUUAAAGGAUAUGGCAUCGGGCAAAUUAUCGGACGAAUGGGCAUCUGUUACGAAAGCGGCUAUAGCCGAAAAUAUCUUAAAUUUAACUAGGCUGGACGAGAAGAGUCGCGAACCUACGGAAUGUCUUCGAUGUCCGACAUUGUGGUUGGCACUUGCUUCUUUGUGCGUUUUGGAUUCGGAUCAUGUCGAAAGAUUGUCAUCUGGGGAAUGGAGCGGUUCCGAAGGACAACAGCUACCACCGAGACCAACGUGCAGUAAUCACGACGAUGACGAGACUACGGCUAUAAUCCAAUGCAACGUUUGCGGUAAUCUGUGUGCGGAAUGCGAUAGAAUUUUGCAUCUUCAUAGAAGGACUAGAACGCAUCUUAGACAAGUAUGUAAAGAAGAGGAAGAAGCGAUACGAGUGGAUCUUCAUGAAGGUUGCGGGAGAACAAAGCUUUUCUGGGUUUUGGCGCUGGCGGACAGUAGAACAUUGAAAGCGCUAGUAGAAUUUCGCGAUGGGUCGCCUAGAAAACCACUUGGUGUCACUACUGGUAUUUGUCGAUUUUGCGGUACCACCGGAAAUACGGGCUUACUAGCGAUAGGCAACAUUUGUGCCGAUCACGAUUGCCAGGAACAUGCGAAAAAUGCUUGUAAUAAAGUUCACUCUUGCGGCCACAUUUGCGGGGGUGUUAGGAACGAGAGAACUUGCUUGCCUUGUCUUCAUCGUUGUUUACCGGGGACUGAUUUGAAGCAGGAUGCCGAUGAUAUGUGCAUGAUUUGUUUCACCGAGGCUCUGUCUUGCGCACCAGCGAUUCAGUUGCAGUGCGGCCACGUGUUCCACUUGCACUGCUGCCGGCAUGUUCUGAUGAAACGUUGGGUAGGACCACGGAUUACCUUCGGUUUCUCUUUGUGUCCGAUCUGUAAAGUCCCGAUGGAUCAUCCGAUGUUGUCGGAACAAUUGGCGAGCGUGAAGGAACUCUACGAGGACGUGCGAAGAAAAGCUUUAAUGCGCUUGGAAUACGAAGGCUUGCACAAAGCCGAAGGAGCUUUUACAUCCGGUGGCCGUUAUCAAGAUCCCGCCGCCUAUGCAAUGGAACGAUACGCGUACUACGUGUGCUACAAAUGCCAGAAGGCUUACUACGGUGGUGAGGCGCGUUGCGAUGCACAAUUAGGCGGAGAAUCGUUUGAUCCUGCUGAACUGGUGUGCGGUGGCUGUAGCGACGUGGCAAGGGCUCAGAUGUGUCCGAAGCACGGGGCAGACUUUCUCGAGUAUAAAUGCCGAUAUUGCUGUUCGGUGGCGGUCUUCUUCUGCUUCGGAACCACGCACUUCUGCAAACCCUGUCACGACGACUUUCAGCGUGUUACCACCAUUCCAAAGAAUGAGCUGCCUAUGUGUCCGGCUGGUCCAAAGGCCAAGCAAUUAGAAGGAGACGAGUGUCCAUUACACGUGAAACAUCCGCCAACAGGAGAAGAAUUUGCUCUAGGUUGCGGUAUUUGCCGCAACGCGCACACGUUCUAAGCUUCCAGCUGACUUGUGAUUUUUGCGAGAUUGGAAUUGACACAAUUUAUAGGAGAGAAUAAAUGAGCAUAGCUUCAACCUAUGGUGAAGAUAUACUUGUUAAUGGAUAAAAUGUUUUUUAUCGGUAAAUUUAGAAAUUAGAUGCCGACGAUAUAGAAAAAGGAGUGUGCGCACGCUCACGUAUCGAACUUGAAUCACAAGUUUUCAACGCAAGUUUGCGUUGGACAUAUAGUUAACGAUAUUCGUAAUAUAUAAUCGUAAACAUUUUUGACGUCAAAUGACAUAAUUCUCUAUAUUAUUAAAAAAACUUUGACUAUUAAAUAUGUAUGUAUAUCAAUAAGUAAUGCAUACGUUAUUAUGUGCGAAGAUAAUAUUAUCUGAGAAUACACUGAGGAUACUAAAUUAUCUAAGAUAUCACUUAAAAUAAGAGAAAUGCGUGAAGAGAUACUUAUUAGAUUAUAUGCAUCUCUAUGACUUCAGCUGCAUUCAGAAAACAAUUGUUGCACUACAGUUAAGUAAAUUUCGCCAAAUGCAAGUGAUGAAGUGAUAAAUGUUUACUGAACAUGUUCAAUUUGUUUUCUCAUUCAUUUAGUACAAACAACAUUAAUUAAUUUAAUGUCACAUCUAUAUUACUGCCAAAAGACAUGUAUAAUUUAUUGCACAAUUAUAAAUAUAAUUGAAUUAUUCAUAUUAAUAAAAACAUUUUCAAUUUUAUUUUAUUUUACAGAAUUUCUGCACAAUUUCUUUAUAAAGAAUCUCUAAAACUCAAUACAUUUUUAUUUUAAAAUUAAAAGUUUUUAAAUGAAAAACUUUGAAAGAAAAUUAUUAUUUUUAUGUAUAGAUAUUAACAAUUACAUCUAAACAACAUUAAUAAAAUCAUUUAGAAAAUUAAAAGUAAUCAGUGAUUACUGUUUGCUCACUGAACAAGUUGUACAACUUUGUAUUUUCUGGACGCAGCCAUAUCAGUCAUUUAAAGGCUACAUUUUACGUUUCUAUUUGUUUUUGUACUUUUCCAUCUGAUAAAGUGGAUGCUGUAAUAUUAUUCUUUAUACUGUCUAUGUGCGCGUAAUAUCUGCUGCCGCAUAAGUUAUUUGUCUGAACAACAGCUUUGUUGUUUCGUAACACAAUGUUAUAUAAAUUUUGCGCACGAAUGGUAUUGCAUUAUGCUAAUUGUUAUUAUUUAUGUUCUGUAUAAGCUCGUGAGAGUCAAAUGUGACACGUUGCGUAUGGUUUUGCCGAUACGUUCCAAUUUACACUCUAUUUAUUUAUUGUAAUCAACACAACGUAACUCUGAACAAUCUCGCUUUUUGUCUCUUACCAAUGUUGUAUCCAAAAUGUGUUAUAUAUACAUCAGUUGUUAUUAUUUAUAUUCUAAAUAUGUAAGAAUUAAAUAUAGCAAAGAAUCAAAUGUGUUGUUUUAUUUCAUGAAUGAACGUACUAUUUGUUUACUGCUUAAAAUAAAACGAUUAAAAAACCGAAUGCCGAUAUUAUUAUAAAGAUUAAGAGAAGCACAUAGAAAUUCAGUAAGUAUACUUAAUAAAUGAGCACAAUCAAAUAUAAAAAUGACAACGUAUAUCUCACCAUUACAAACAUAUAAAGAUAGAAUAA